AUGAACGGUCUUGAUGUUCGGUCCAGCCUGUCGUCGUACGGCGACCCCCGGCAUUCAGCCUCCUAUGGCGCUUCGCAACCGCCCCCAACUCAAAUGCUGAGGAACAGCUACCGUGAUGCCUCCGACCCCCAGCAACGGGGCAAGUCGCCAGUGAAUCCGCUGAACACGAACCUUCCCCGAAACUCCGCCCUACUCCACACCCAUGACCCUGUCGCCAUGUACCUGCUCACGGAGACCGCGAUGAGCGACAGCAUCCACUACGAGAUCCUGUCGCUGGAGGAAGUGGAGGGACUGAAAAAAGAGCAAAAGGUCCUCAACAGUCGCUUGAACGCCGCAAAACGCAAGUUGGCCCUGGAAAUGAAAUUGCGCGACGCUGCCAUGUCGCUGAGCCGGCUCUACACCCCCAAAAGCCCCUCGGUCAAUGGCAGGGACGACCCCGCGGCCUCCCCGAGAUCCCACCGAAGCUUGAUUGGCCACCAUGAGGCCACCAUGGACAAGACGGAUGAGGAGCUGGCGCUAAGCACGCGCAAGUGCGAAGAGCUUUCUCAGGAGAUCGGGGACCUGGAGCGCAGGGUGCAGCAGGUCAAUAACAGGCUGCUGGAGCACACGGCCGGGAUUCUGCAGAUGACGCACAAGGGCCUGAAGAAGAAUCUGAAGAACAAUGUGCCUCAUACCCCGGAGAGCCUGGCCAGUCACAAUAUCCGCGAUAGUCUCGAUGACUUUGAUGAUCGGAGUUUCUACCAACCAUCCGGCCCUCGGGACGACCAUGCCGGACAAGGCUUGCACGGACUUGGACUCGAGGCGGUCCAGGAUACGGAAAAGAGAUUGGAAUUCUGGAGCGGCAGACUAUAUGAUUUGAUCCAACAGUCGCAUGCCGUCGCGGACCUUCAGCCAGUCCCACAGCCACCCCCGGGGGCGAAUCCAACUGCAGCGAUGGAAGCGUACUUGGCAUAUAUCGAGAACACCCUGGGAAGUCUCACUGCACAUCCCCCGAGCAGCCAGUCGCAGACGCGGUCCUUGGAGGAUGAUUCCCAGCAGCAGCUCGGCGAGGUCAACGCUCGACUACACCAGAUCAUUCAGCAGUCGGGCAUGCCAGGGGCCCAAAGUCUUCCUCCACCACCCGACUCCCCCAGCGCCACCCCAGCAGAGCAUCUGUCCUACCUCCAGGCUGGUAUCACUGGUCUCGAAGACCGACUUGAGAAGCUCCUCGAGCAGAAAAGCAUCUUGACCACGCAGAUUCAACAGCAGCGCGAACUGAACUCCAAGUCGGACGCCGAGAGGGAUGCGCACAUCGCGGAUUUGAUGCAGCAGCUGGCGCAUGUCCGGAAAGAUCUCGAAUUUUCCGAGAAUGAGAACCAGCGGUUCAGAGACGACCUGGAAGAGGCGAUGGAGCAAGUUACCGCUUUGCGUCAGGAGCUGGAGAAUCACCAAGAACAGCACGUUAUGGAGGACACCUCGAAGGCCCUGACCACGGAGCAGGAAGCUCGUGCACGCGCCGAAGCCGAGGUCGAACGCCUGGAAAGUGUCCUUGAAGAUCUCAAGCGGGAAAGAGAUGCUCAGGCUCAGGCUCACGAGGCACAUGCGCACGCCGCAAGUGAGAGGGAAGCGCUCACAGAAGCCCAUCAUGCGCAGCUUCAAUCCCAGGCCAACGCCCACACGGAGGAGUUAAACGCACUGCGCUCCAAGACUGAUGAUGAAAUUAGCCGUCUGCAAGCGGUUAUCGACGAACUGCAGAGUACAGCAAACACGCAAGCGGAGGCAACGCAAGCCCGUCAGGACGCCGAGCAGCAACUUCUGGAAUUACAGCAGGCGCUGCAGCAAACCCGCGAUGAGACAGAUGCUCAAGUCAAAGAGGCCGUCGAUGCACGCGCACACGCUGAGAGUGAGGUUGCUCGACUGGAAGAAUCAAUGGGUCAAUUCCGCGCCAGUGUUUCGCAACUUGAGACGGUUCUGGGCCAGCUCCGGGGUGACGUCGAGGCUCUGGAGUCGCGCAUCAAGCAAGUGACCGAGGCGCGCGCAGAAGCAGAGAACGAUUGCUCUCGUCUACAGGCGGAGCUGCGGGAGAUGGAAGGUGAAGUUGUCCGGGCUCAGACCGAGCUGACGAUGGCUAAGGCCGAGCUGGACGGUGCAUAUGGUACGCGGGCCCAGCGGGCAGCUGACAUUGCAGCCAAUCCCGCAAUCCAGAGGGAGUUCGACGAGCUGAAUACCCGAAACCUGGAGCUGGCUGAGGAGCUUGCGGCGCUCAAGGCCGGAAAGCCGGGCAGUAGUGAUCUACAGCACCGAGUGGAGUUGCUGGAGCGGGAACUUCGAGAUACGGUGGACGAUUACGAAGUGAUGACCAAGGCCAGCAUCGAAUUCGAGAAGGAACGCGAGCAGUUUGAGGGAGUCAUCGACACCCUGCGCGACCGUUGCGAACAGCUGGAGACACAGCUCAAUGAGGAACGAAUCAAUUGGAUGGGCAGCGGACGCGAUGGCCAUGAGACCACGUCCACCAUGGUGCUCAAGAAUGAGUUUAAGAAGAUGAUGCGAGACACGCGUUCCGAGAACCUGAAGAUACGCAAGGCGGAUUACGACGAGCGCCGUCGGCUGGAGACUACAAUUCGGAAUCUCAACAAGGAGAUCGCCAGUCUGACGGGCAAACCUGUUGUGGGUCAGCCUGUUCCAGCCGGAUGA